AAACAUAACUUUGUUAUGUUUCAAAACCCUAACCCCAUUUUCGUUGCAGGAGGCGAGAGGCGAGAAGGAGACGCGAGGCAAGAAGGAGGCGAGAGGCGAGAGGCGAGCAGCUCUACCAUCUUCGAUCUACCAUCUUCAAGUGAGAAAAUGUCAACUUCAAAACAAGCAGUUAAUGAGACUGCAAAAUGGAGCCAAGCAAAUGUAGACACCCUUAUUUUUCUGAUGGUAGAGGAAGUUAAGAAAGGAAAUAGGACUACUUCGACUUUUAAUAAAGCUGGUUGGAACAACAUUGCCAAUAACUUCAAAGAAAAAACUGGGGUCAACUAUGCCAUUAUACAGUUGAAGAACAAAGUGAACAAACUGAGGCAGGAUUAUAGUCAGUUUAAGAAGCUAUUGGAGACAACUGGUUUUGGUUGGGAUACUGCUUCAAGAACUUGUACUGUUGAUGAUGAAUCCAUCUGGGAAUCGCAUAUUAAGGAUAACCCUACUUGGGCACGAUUUAAGAAUCAUGGACUACCACAAUGGCCAGAACUAUGUAUGGUAUUUGGUGAUACAUAUGCAGACGGCGAAGGAAGUGGGACUCAAAUAACCAUGUUGGAAACUUUGGGGGCCGAUGAUGAUAGGAAUAUGAUUGAAUCUUGUGAUGAGUCAAGUUCCGCUGAUGAAGUUACUCCAUUAGGUGACACUCAAACUGAAGCAGUGGAAAAAAGACCAGCUACUAAGCAUAGUAUUUGA